ACCAUCGACUUCUUGGGACCGCUUUGUUCCAUCACUUCACACCCGCUUCCGUUUGCAACUCCGCGACCCAAAUUGGGAGGAAGGAGAACCUUACAAGUCCCUAAAUGUCUAAGCACCAAUACUCAUGCCAUAUAAAAGGGUCAUUCCUUUCGCAUACCAGGACCAUGAUGCCUUUCACCUUCGAAGACCGCACUGGCGACCUCCACCGUUCUGAUUUCGAUGAUAUAUAUGAUCGCAUGUUCUUCCGCAUCACACCCUACCCUCAUGUUACAUCAGGAAACAAGAACACACUAGCCGUCUACGUGAUGGGCUGCCGUUCCACGCGCCGCAAAGACACUCGCCACCUCGACCGCCAUCCUUCCGUCGUUCUUGAAUUCGGCGAAACACGUCCUGGACUAGGGACUAUCUACUUCACCCAAUCGCCAUCGUCAAGUAUUCCGAUACCUAUGCACACUUAUCUGAGGAAAACCACGUUCUUUGGAGGAUCACUUUCGAGAAAAUUUAGAGCUUCCGACGGGCGUGAAUAUAAGUGGCAGCAUAAGUCUAUCGAUGGACAUGAGUGGACGUGCUUGUCGGCAGAAGGGUACAUGGUAGCACAUUACGACCUUCGGCCACCAAGCAUUGCCGUAUAUGGUGUCUCAGGGAACACUCUCACUAUCCAUGAGGCCUAUUCAAACCUCUGUGUCGAUAUACUAGCUAGUUUGACGAUUAUGCGAUAUAUCGCCGAGCAUGGGCUGUAGCUAUUUUCUUCUUCGCUUCCACCUGGUGCCAGGGAUUCGUUCUCCAUUCAUAUUCGUCCUGCGCCGAAAAAAGACUGGCACUGGGGGCCAGAAAACAUGGAUGGAUCAUCGAUGCAGUACGCUUGCCAUGCGGGUGGUGAUGGGAUAUAGGCCGUGUUUGAAUACCUAUGUAUACUCUUCAAAUUCCCUUGCUCGGGGGAG